GUCGGGGCUUUGGAUUCUGGGAGCACAAACACACACAUCAGCCAUUUUCAGUUCGCUGUGCUCAUCCUCUCCCAGUUGAACACAAAGAUCCCGCAUCUGUCGAGCUGAGACACGAGAAGGAUGGACGAAGAGAAAGCGGGUCGCGCGCACGGACGUUUGUUUUGCUGAGCGCGUCACAGACACAAGCGCGUCUCCGCAGGGGGAUUCAUUAAUUCAUUAAUUCUUCUGAUUCAUAAGGCUCAAAUCAGUUUAUUAUUGGAGCGAGUCUGGACGUUUGGACGCGUCUGAAUCCAUAACUUCUCAUUAGGAGUCACGACCGAGUUCUGCUUGAAAACACCCGGAUAUUAAAAGCGAGCGGGCGUCCCGCGGGUGAUGUCCACUAUGGUGUACCCUCGAGAAGAGGCUCUGGAGCGGCUCACGCAGGAUGAGAUCGUGCUGAACACCAAAGCGGUGAUGCAGGGUCUGGAGACGCUGCGCGGGGAACACGCUACGCUCCUCAACUCCAUCCUAGACUGUUCCCAGCCGGCCGGAGCGCAGGACAAGUCCAGCCUGCUCCGCAAGAGCCUGCAGGACAUCGAGCUGGGGCUGGGCGAGGCGCAGGUGAUCAUCGCCCUGUCGGGUCACCUGAGCGCCGUGGAGUCGGAGAAGCAGAAGCUGCGCGCUCAGGUGCGCCGGCUCUGCCAGGAGAACCAGUGGCUUCGGGACGAGUUGGCCGGCACCCAGCACAAGCUUCAGAAGAGCGAGCAGAGCGUCGCACAGCUGGAGGAGGAGAAGAAGCACCUGGAGUUCAUGAACCAGAUCCGCAAGCUGGACGACGACACCUCGCCCUCGGAGGAGAAGCCCGGAGAGAAGGAGAAGGACAACCUGGACGACCUCUUCCCCAACGAUGACGACCAGGGGCCAGCUCAGCCCAGUGGUGAAGCGGCGGCGCAGCAGGGGGGCUACGAGAUCCCGGCCCGCCUCCGAACCCUCCACAACCUGGUGAUCCAGUACGCCUCUCAGGGCCGCUACGAGGUGGCCGUGCCGCUCUGCAAACAGGCCCUGGAGGACCUGGAGAAGACCUCGGGACACGACCACCCCGACGUGGCCACCAUGCUCAACAUCCUCGCGCUGGUGUACAGGGAUCAGAAUAAGUAUAAGGAGGCGGCUCACCUGCUGAACGACGCGCUGGCCAUCAGAGAGAAAACCCUGGGGAAGGAUCACCCGGCCGUCGCCGCCACGCUCAACAACCUGGCCGUGCUGUACGGCAAGCGCGGGAAACACAAGGAGGCGGAGCCGCUGUGCAAGCGGGCGCUGGAGAUCCGGGAGAAGGUUCUGGGUAAAUUCCACCCUGACGUGGCGAAGCAGCUCAACAAUCUGGCCCUGUUGUGUCAGAACCAGGGCAAGUAUGAGGAAGUGGAGUAUUAUUACCGCAGGGCGCUCGAGAUCUACGAGAACAAACUGGGCGCCGACGACCCCAACGUGGCCAAGACCAAAAACAACCUGGCGACGUGUUACCUGAAACAGGGCAAGUUCAAAGACGCCGAGACGCUUUACAAGGAGAUCCUGACCCGCGCGCAUGAGAAAGAGUUCGGCUCGGUCAACAAUGACAACAAGCCAAUCUGGAUGCAUGCCGAGGAGCGAGAGGAGAGCAAGGGGAAGAGAAAGGACUCUGGGCCUUACGGAGAGUACGGCAGCUGGUACAAGGCCUGCAAGGUGGACAGCCCCACGGUGAACACCACACUGAAGAGCCUGGGCGCUCUGUACCGCAGGCAGGGCAAACUGGAGGCCGCCGAGACGCUGGAGGAGUGUGCGACCAAGAACCGCAAACAGGGCAUUGAUGCGAUCAACCAGAGUAAAGUGGUGGAGCUGCUGAAGGACGGCGGGGGCGCUGGAGGGGACAGACGUCAGUCCCGGGACGGGGUAAACGGCCCUGGAGGCCCCCGAGGAGACUGUGAUGGGGACGAGGCCGAGUGGGCCGGGGAUGGUAACGGCGCCCUGCGCAGGAGCGGCUCGUUCGGGAAGAUUCGGGAAGCGCUGCGCCGCAGCAGUGAGAUGCUGGUGAAGAAACUGCAGGGCAGCGGCCCCCAGGAGCCACGAAACCCCGGGAUGAAGAGGGCCAGCUCCUUAAAUUUCCUCAACAAGAGCGUAGAAGAAACCUCACAGGAAUCUAACAGCGGCCUGUCAGAAUCCAGGGGACUGAGCGCUAGUAAUGUGGACCUGACCAGACGCAGCUCUCUGAUCAGUUAGAAACCGGCGUCUAGACGUGGAAAAGGCCAAACGGAGAGGCUGUUUGCUACCUACUUGAAUUGAAGAUAUAUUAAAUGAUCCUUACUUUAAAUGUUUUCCUAAGAAAAAGGUCUUAAAAGCAAAAAUGUCUUUUAGUUUCACAUCGCUUGCAUAAUCUGGCCUACGUCCAUCUGCUUUGCCGUUAGCCACACUCAAACGAUAAAACGCAAGGCUAUCACCUACUAGACCACGAGACAUUCGGUGGGAAAACUACGUCAUAGCAUGGCAUCAAAAUCGCGUAGUUUAGCGUACAAUGAUAAAGUAAAGCAUCUAUUUUCGCUGGGAUUUAGAAAACAAAGGUCAUACGUGCUAACUCCUUUCAUAAAACGACCUCACCGAGUUGAAAUGGUGCAAAAGCUAUAUUGCACUUACGAAAAAUGUGAACGUAGAGGUCAAGAGACGGAUGAGCAACCUCACUUUUGCCUUCUGAGUUAUAUGUAUAUAAUGAUUUAAAUUAUUUAAGAUUUUGUUUUGUUUCAAAAAAUUAGCGCACAAGGAUUUCGUUUACACUAUAGUUUGAUUUUUUUUUUUUUUUUUUUUUUUUUUGUCCUGGCGCGAUUGAACGGUACCGUGAAGGAUUCUGCUUUACAGAGCUCUUAAUUAUCAGAUCUACAUUCAUUUUUCUCAUUUUUGUUUAAUCUGACUGCAUAACCCCAGCUCUGUCUCUCUUGGGUCUGAUGUGCUGGAAAAGGCCAAUCGUAUAAACGGGCAUUUUCCAUCCGCUUAUAAUAAUGUGACGUGUUUUUCAUUUUACGUGAUUUACUAGCCGCCAGAACACUGAAUCAUAGCUGCGUCUAAAACAGACAAUUAAAACCUGUUUUUGUUUUGUUUUAUCUUGUCCAUUUCAUGUUGAUUAGUUGUUAAAUAUCCUAACUGGAACAACAAAUGUUUUGGUGCGUGUGAACGUCUAAACCUUUAUGUGACUCUGUUACCUUUUUUUUUUUUUUUAUCAUUGUUUAAGAUGUGCGGGAUGUGUGUGUGUUUGAUAUUGGGUUUAUUUGAGUGAUUUUUCUUCUGUGUUUAUUAGAGCAAUGAUGAUGAUCUGUUUAAUCUCUGAAUGCAGACGACAUUAGCUUUCAGAUCCAGCCAUACAGACGGGUGAAUCUCAUGAAUAAAUGUGUCUAACUCGUAUUUCACCUGAAAUCAUAUUCAAUUAUAUUGAGCCGAAACAAAAAAGGACCACCAUUUUAGGAUUGUCACAUUAUUUAUAUAUAUAUAUAUAUGAUGAAUUUUUUAUUCAUUAUAGCAGUAUUUGUUGUACCACCUUAAAUUUAUGCUGAUUUAAGGCGGUACAAUAAAUACUGCUAUAAUGAAUAAAUAAUCACUGAAAUAUAGCAGUUAUUUCACAUUGUGUGGUGCUUAAUUGCCCUUAAUGUUACAAUGCUAAACAUCUUAAUGGCCCUUAAAUAAGCUUAAUUGUCUUUAAAAACAAACUAUAUAAUUCUCAAAUUUCAUUAAAGAAAAUGAUUGUUUUUUUAGUGAAAUGUGACACGGGCAUGUUCUUGAUUCGUUUUGAGAGAUUUACUCGAACAGAAUGUGUUGCAAAAAGUAGGCUAACCAAUGGAUUAAUUCGAAUGUGUUUUGUCAGGAUGAACAAACGUAAGGGUUGUAGAAAGUGCUCGAGACUCGAGUGAAGAGAGAAAAUAGAGAUAAAUGAUCAGGAGAAAUGAAUGUUGGCAUGAAGGAAUCGGAGCUAGAUAUGAAUGUCACUAUAUUGAUUGUAAAAUACUCUUCUUUUGACUCACGACUAGAAAAGCGCGCACUUGUUUACUCUCACAGACACAGGUGUGUAGUUUCUAAUAAUACUGUGUUUACACCACAUAUGAAUGUGAACCCACCUUUGGCUGUCCCUGUUUGUCAUGAUUGAUUACUGAUGAUUUGUGAUGCUGCCUUGCCUUCUCACCACAUGUAAUGUUCGCCUCACUGGUUAGAUUGUGCCGCAGUUACACAAGUUCUGCACUGAUCUCGGAACAGCGCCCCCUGUCUUAAUGAGAAACCGUAGCGUUGUAGAAGAAGCCCUUGGUACCCAGAUCAGCUGUGAAGGGAAACGUUUACCAGCUCUGUAGAUUCAUUGUAGCCGCUCGACGUCCUUCCUCGGAGAGAUGCAUUUCACCCGUGAAGGGGCCAACCUCAUGUAUGUUUUAUUAAAAGGUUCGGAAUAAACUGCUUUUCAAACCAAA